AUGUACUUAAAAUUAGUGACCCUACCAUACUUACAUACUACUAUUUUAAAAAACGUUACUUUUCCAGCUGCAAAAGAAAUUUCGUGUGCCAGACAGCUGCGGUCUUACGUAGACAUUUUACUGAAACAAGCUAUUGACGACAUGGACAUGCAAUGUAAUGCUACAAAUAAUGCUUUUAGAAGAAGAAUAGAAGAACUGAAGCACAUUAAAACAAGACUGGAAAUCCAGCACUCAGAAAUUAUGAGACAGGCUAAUGAAAUGACUAGAAGUAUUACCAAACUUGAAAAAGCUCUAGUUGAAAAAGAAGGAUACAUGGCUCUAGCACAUACCAGGUUGGGUCAUCGAGCCCAGAGGCCAGGAGUAGAACUCUGUAAGGAUUUAGUUGAAAUUGCUCUUGUUAACGAAGUUUCAGAGUUGAGAGGUAAUUGUGCCACAUUACAACAGAAAUUGGCAGAAUCGCAAGCUUCCCUACGUUAUCUCUUAAAAACACAGAUACAACUAGAAGAGGACAUCAAUAUAAAAACAAAUUCUUUAAAAAUUGACGAAGUGGACUGCAUGAGCCUGAGACAAGGAAUGGACUAUCAUAGUUUUUAGAAGCUAUUUAAUUAAUUGUGAUGAUAUUUACUUGUGUUUGUAAUUACAUGUUUGUCUAAAAUUAUAUCCAGUGCACAUCCAAAAAUUUAAAACAUUUAUCAAUGUAAAAUUUACAGUAUAAAGUUUACAUUUAUCAAUAAAAACUUAAUUU